AUGAUCCGGCGUGCGAGCCGCCGCCUCCUCCCGGCCGUCUCUCACCACACGCGCCCGCCCCGCCGCGACCUCGCGGCCAACUCGGCGCUGCAGUGGCUCGACGACGAGCUCACCUCGCUCGCCCUCCCCGAACCCGGGCGCGGGCCCGGGGUCGACGCGCACGCGUGCGCCAGGCAGCUGCAGGGCUGCGUCGCGCGCGGCGACGCCCGCGGCGGCCGCGCCGUGCACGGCCAUGUCGUGCGGGGCGGCAGCCUCGACCUCUUCUGCGCCAACGUCCUGAUCAACCUGUACGCCAAGCUCGGGCCCUUCGCCGGCGCGCGCAGGGUGUUCGACGGGCUGCCGGAGCGGAACAUGGUGUCUUUCGUCACGCUCCUCCAGGCCCAUGCGCUGCGGGGGGAGUUUGAGCCGGCGACGGCGCUGUUCCGGAGGCUGCGGCGGGAGGGGCACGAGGUGAACCAGUUCGUGCUCACCUCGGUGCUGAAGCUGGUUGUUGCCAUGGACGCUCUGGGGCUCGCCUGGGGCGUGCACGCUUGCGCGUGCAAGCUGGGCCAUGAACAGAACGCCUUUGUCGGGUCUGCGCUGAUCGACGCCUACUCCAUGUGCGGGGCUGUCGGUGAUGCAAGGCGCCUGUUUGAUCGGAUCGUGGGUAAGGAUGCCGUUGCUUGGACUGCUAUGGUUUCUUGCUAUUCUGAGAAUAACCGCCCGGAGGACGCGCUUGAGGUUUUCCGGGAGAUGAGGGUGGCGGUUUCUAAGAUCAACCCCUUUGCACUCACCAGUGUGCUCAGGGCUGCCGUGUGCUUGUCGUCGGUUGUGCUAGGCAAAGGUAUCCAUGCCUGUUCAAUAAAAACGCUUUAUGAUGCUGAGCCUCGCGUUUGUGGUGCGCUGCUUGAUAUGUAUGCCAAAUGUGGGGGUAUUGAGGAUGCCCGCUUGGCUUUUGAGAUGGUUCCCCAUGAUGAUGUGAUACUUUGGAGUUUUAUGAUAUCCCUGUACGCACAGAGCAAUCAGAACGAGCAGGCCUUCGAGCUGUUCAUCAAAAUGAUGCGGUCUUCUGUGGUGCCUAAUGAAUUUAGUCUAUCAAGUGUUCUGCAAGCUUGUGCUAAUAUGCCCCUCUUGGACCUAGGCGAGCAAAUUCAUAGCAAUGCUAUAAAGAUUGGUCAUGAGUCUGAGUUAUUUGUUGGAAAUGCACUAAUGGAUCUCUAUGCCAAGUGCAGCGACAUGGAAAGCUCACUCAAGAUCUUCUCAUCAUUGCGGGAUGCCAACGAGGUGAGCUGGAACACAAUUAUUGUUGGUUACAGCCAGUCUGGUUUUGGAGAAGAUGCUUUGACUGUAUUCCGUGAAAUGCGUGCUGCUACAGCACCUUCAACUCAAGUUACAUACUCAAGCGUGCUCCGGGCUUGCGCAAGCACAGCAUCCAUCAAUCAUGUUGGCCAGGUUCACUGUUUGGUUGAGAAAUCCACAUUCAACAGUGACACCAUUGUAAGCAAUUCACUUAUUGAUUCAUAUGCAAAGUGUGGAUGCAUCAGAGAUGCUCGCAAGAUAUUUGAAACUCAGAAAGAACAUGAUUUAAUUUCAUGGAAUGCCAUAAUCUCAGGAUAUGCUGUUCAUGGACAUGUUGCACAGGCCCGAGAACUUUUUGACAGGAUGAACAAAAAUGGUAUUCAAGCUAACGAUAUCACUUUUGUUGCUCUCCUGUCUGUCUAUGGUAGCACGGGUUUAGUGAGCCAAGGACUCUCUCUGUUUAAUUCUAUGAAGCUUGAUCAUGGCAUCAAACCAUCCAUGGAGCAUUACACUUGCAUUGUUAGGCUUCUAGGACGUGCUGGCCGUCUGCAUGAUGCUCUGAACUUUAUUGGAGAUAUCCCUUCAGCACCAUCUGCUAUGGUUUGGCGUGCAUUGCUUAGCUCCUGUAUAGUGCAUAAAAAUGUGGAUCUGGGGAGAUUUUCUGCAGAGAAGGUGCUUGAGAUUGAACCACAAGACGAGACAACUUAUGUCUUGCUAUCAAACAUGUAUUCUGCAGCUGGAAAUUUGGAUGAAGUUGCUCUUUUGAGGAAAUCAAUGAGGAAUAUAGGUGUAAGGAAGGAGACUGGUCUUAGUUGGGUUGAGAUGAAGGGUGAAGUUCAUGCCUUUUCAGUAGGGUUGGAAGACCAUCCAGAUAUGCGAGUGAUACAUGCUAUGCUAGAAUGGCUAAACCUGAAAACCCAUAGGGCAGGUUAUGUUCCUGAUACUAACGUAGUGUUGCAUGAUGUAGAUGAGGAACAAAAGGCUCGCAUGCUGUGGGUGCAUAGUGAGAGAUUGGCUUUAGCAUAUGGGCUUGUGAUGACACUGCCUGGACAUCCAAUUCGGAUAAUGAAGAAUUUGCGCUCCUGCUUGGAUUGCCAUGCCAUAUUUAAGGUGAUAUCCAAAAUAGUCAAACAAGAAAUUAUUGUGAGAGACAUCAAUCGCUUUCAUCAUUUUGACAAGGGAACAUGCUCAUGUGGUGACUAUUGGUGA